GAUUGGCUGCGCUACGAAACGGCUAUCCAAUGAUAGGAUGCUUUACAAAAGUACUCAGAACCAAUCUCAGAGACUUUGGCUUUUACCGACGGCAGUUUGAAACUGUCAAGCUCCUGAGUCUGCCGGGGCCGCACCGCGGGAGGCUGAGCAGAAUGUCAUCAGAUGAGGAGAAAAGCUCAAGUCCAGUUUUGCCAAAAGACUCAGAUCGAGGCAGUUCUGUCUCUUCAGAUCUUCAGGAUGAAUAUGAAGAGCUGCUUCGUUAUGCCGUAGUGACUCCAAAGUUUGAACCGUGUGUCCUGAGGCAGUCUGAGUCUGCUGCAGAACUGACAGCACAUGACAGAUUUUCAAGUUUAAUGGAUGAAGUCAUCAAUCACCCUAAGACUCCAGUUUUUACACCAGUAAAGGGACCUUCUCAGGCAGACAUGGAAGGACUUUGCCCUGUUCGUUCGGGAGAGACAUCUUCACAAGGGUCCUCAUCUGGUCCAAGAGAGAUUGAUGAGACUAUAGUGACUGAGUUAAGUGUUUCAGAUGAAAAAGUGACCCAGAUAGAAAGCAUACUUGAUCUCUGGAGUGGAAGUCUUAAGACAAAUGUUCUGACUGAACUCAGAAAAUGGAAAAUGACUUUUAUUGAACAUCACAAGCUGGAAAUGAGACAAGAGAAAGAGAAAUAUGCUGCACAUGUGAGACAGCUGAACAAUCAGAUGGAGAACCUGAGAGAGCUGCUACAUACUUAUGAAAUCUCCAUUGGCAGAAAGGAUGAGGUAAUCACUAACUUGUCCCAUGCGAUAGACAAGCAAAAGGAGAGGAUAGAGCUAAUGAAAAAAUUUACACGGUGGCGGAUUCAGCACGUGGAGGCCAGACAAGAGGCAUAUGCAAAUAGACUGGCGGACAGACAGUUCCAGAUAGCUUUGAUGAAGAGGGUUUGGGCAGCUUGGCGGUCUCUUAGUGAAGCAAGAUGGAAAGAGAAAGUAGCAAAAGCCUGUCAGUUAAGGGCUGAGGAAGUCUGUGUUCAGCUUUCCAAGGAUUAUGAAGCUAAAAUUGCAGAGUUAAAUGUUGCUCUGGAAGAGGCAAAAGCUGAUAUCCUGAGACUGCAUAGUGAAAGGGAACAGUAUGAAGGCACCAUGAAAAAAGCCUUUAUGCGUGGUGUGUGUGCACUGAAUCUAGAAGCAAUGACCAUGUUUCAGGGCAAAGAAAGUAGGACAGACCAUGAUGCAGUAAAUAGGAGAGAAGAUCCUGGAACUAAUGCCACUGGAAGGCUCCCUCCUUCCCAAUUUGAUCCUCCGUCACCACCACCUCCAACAGCAGCCACUGUUCCACAAGAGGAAAUUUUUUCAUCCCAUCUGGGCCACGCAAGUACUUCUCAGACCAGAUUAGAAUCAAAUUCUCCAGUAAUAGUCGCUAGUGCAGCUGUAGGAUCUGGCAUUACAUCAGCUCAAAAACUGCCUAUGGCAAGAGUAGUGACAUCUGCUCAGCAGAAGGCAGGAAGAACAAUCACUGCUCGAAUCACAGGCCGAUCUGAUUUGGGACAAAAGAACAGAAUUUGUAGUAGUUUAGCUGUAAUGGGAGUCUCACCACCCAUGAGUUCAGUCAUUGUAGAAAAGCAUCAUCCAGUCACUCAACAAACUAUAUCCCAAGCCACUGCUGCUAAAUACCCUCGAACAGUGCACCAUGCUUCUACUGCCACCAGUUUGAGACCUCCUGGACACGGUGGACGAACACCUCAUAGCCAGUCUCAUACUAACGUUCAGUCAAUAAAAGUUGUGGACUAAGGAAUAUUUUGAAAUGCUUGAAUUUUUCCUUCCAGGUAGAGAGUUUUACCAAGUUGCAGAGUAAAGCUCUUCCCAAUGUUUCCAGACUGAUGUAGCAAGGCUCAAGGAUACAUCAUGUUUUUACCUUUUAAAAAUCAAAUUGUAGACCUACUCAAAUGUUGUGAGGGGGGGGAUAAAUAGCAAUUUGACUUUACAAUGUAGUUCUCUGUAAGUGCAAGCUAUGUCUAUUUGAGAGAACCUAUUUUAUUAGAUGUAUACUUUAUUUAAGGAAGCUGUUGAAUACGGUUUUUAAUAAAGGAUCAAAAUAGA